AUGGAGCUUCUACAGCGCAGAGAAAUUGUAAGAGAUGGAGCUUUGAUUAGCCAUCGCCAAAAACUCCUGUCCUCCCGCGAUCAGCACCUCCUCAUCCUAUCUGGGCGCAAGGCUGAUGUGCUCAGCAAGUUCCAGUCCGACAACCCAGAUCGAGUCACAACGAGGGCGAGAGACAUGGCUGACCUUGAAUUCGUCCAAGGGAUGCCGCGAGACAUGCAGUUUAACGGCCGACUCGACGGGCUCAUUCUGAACCACGGUAUCUCGUGCAAAGCGAACGCGGAUCAAAGUCUUGGUGAAAGACGUCGAAAACUGCAGCAGGUGGACGUCUCGAGUUCGUGA